AGCCACCUGCGAAGAGAACGCAGGCGGUCAGGGGCCGGGCCGCGCCGCGCCGGGCGGGCCGCGCCCGCGGGCACUCACCGAGCUGCACCAUGGCGGCGGCCGGGCCCUCUCUGCGUCGCGGCGCUAUGACGCAGCGGGAAGGGGCCGCGGGGGAGGCCGGGCCGGGGCCGCUACGUGGGCGCAGCCGCUCGGGGCGGGAGAGGCGGGCCGGGCCGGGAAGCUACGGUGGUUGGAUGUCUCCAAAUCCUUCCGACCCCUCAGUGUCCUGUGUUCUGCUCCUCAUUUUUGAUGGCCUCCAUCAAAAGGACUUGGGUGCCUGGCAGCUGCCUUGCUCUCGGGCGCUUGCGGUAUGGCAUACUCUUUGCUACCGCUGCGGCACCGCACGAGGUGUAGUUUUGUUGCUGGAUUCGUGUGGUUUUCUGGGGGCUUCCAGGUGCGGCCGCUCCCCGAGAAGCGAGACCGUGCUGAGGACGUGGUUGUCUGUCCUUCCCCCGGGGAUGCCGUUGACUGCGGCCAUCUCAGGCUUGCGUGGCUUCUCUCUGCCCGGCGUUGCCAUCCUCGCAGCGCGGGGGCGAAAAGGGACACACAGAGCCCUUCCCGGCUGUGGACAGGAGCUGCCGUGCCUGAAGCUGGAGAGGCCACAGAAAGGUAGAGGACAGCCAAGCAACCGGAGUUUCAGAAGGGGAAGGGAGGAGACAAGGAGAAAGAAGCAUCUCAACUGGCAGAUUCUCCCUGCAGCGCUGAGAGCAAGAGCUGUGGUGCAGAUGGAUGAGUCGUGCAGGGCAACGGAGGGGAGCCCAGGGGAGCGCUGUAAGAAGAUGCUGCAGGAUGAGCUGUGCAGGGUGUCAGAGCAGAUCCGAGUAGAGCACUGUAAAAAGGUGGUGGGCAAGGCUCAACGUUACAAUCAGAGCUGAUGGAGGCCAGUUUUGCAGGUUCUGUGCUGGCUGCCUGUUGAAGAAUUUCUCGAGACGGUGGGUACCACUAGGUUUGCUUUAUUAAUCACAACUCAGAGUUGGGCCAUCACCUCAGUGUGUGGCAAUUAACAAGACACAGCCUUCAGGUUACAGAGGUUUCCCUGAUAAUUAUGUCAUUGCCAAAAUCCAUCAUAAGCUUCCACUGUGUUCUCAAUACCUCGUUUUUCUGGUCAGUUAAAAGUUCUUAUUUUUCCACCUUCAGCAAGUUUUUGUCAUCACGGUCUCGGUUCUGCUUCUGGUUGUGAGCCUUAUUGGUCCAUUAUUGGUCCUUUGAUCUCCUCCUUAGAAUGUCUGCCCAAUGUCUUGUUGAAGUUUCCUAGAAGUUAACCUUCCAACCCUUAUAUUUAUCUACUUAUUCAUCUACAUACCUGAUCUAUAUACUUAUAUUUAGUUAAUAGAGAUAUUACAAUCAGCACUUAAUCUUAGUGUCUAACUCUAGUUCUCUAUAUUUAUCCUUUCUAUUGAUUAGUUCUGCUGGUGAUUAAUCCAGCCAUGGUUGGGGCUAUAGAGGGGCCAGAACGAGCAGUACUCUGCAUCGACCGAAAAGAAUAGUUACACACCUGUGAUCACACAACUAGUAUAACAAUAUUGAAUACAUUCAUUUAUCUCUUUCUUAUUCUAAACACUUAUUCUAAAUAUCUAAGUAUAGUAUCUUUUAAUACUGUUCCCCUGCAUGCUUCGGUACAGCCAAACGCAUUAGCAUAUCUGCUGGUGCUUUUUGGUAGCCCCAUGUAUUGCAACACUGGGGAUUUGAUUUGUGUGGUUUUUUGUUAUGGUAUUUUUUUUUCCCCAAAAAAAGUAAAACCAUAUCGGGGAUCUCUUCACUCACCAAUUCUUCUAUCAUAAAUGAAAGUUUUAAAAAAGCUAACAGCGUCUGAUUUACGACGUGACUUGCGCUGUUUCAGCUGUAACUGCCGAGCAGAUGUAGCGUACGAUUUGUUAGGUGUAAUUAAGCAGGUAGGUAUUUGUUGUAAAUAUUUAACGAGGGGCGACUGAAUGUUGGGGUGGGGGCGGUUUUUUCCCACCAGUAUUUUGAGGGAGCGCUCUUAAGUAUUUUAUUUCAGUCUCGCUUUGGAUGCGCGUUUCCCUGGCAGUUCAGCAGCAUCUCUCGGGCGGGGCAGCUGGGCGGACGUCCCUCCCGACUCCAUAACACGCCAAAACCCCCCAGUCACGUUGCUGCUGUGUAUUUUGGAGAUAGAUAAUCUUAUGGCGGGUGUGAACGGCUGUGCGAGUUAAAUGAACGCAGAAGGAAAAUGGAAAGCUUUCAGAGCCUAGACGCUCAUAUUGGAUGUGCGUAAACACGCGCCCGCCUUCUCAGCACAAAGUGAAUUACUGAGAUUUAUUCUUAAUUUUUUACGUUACUCU